AUGUGGCUUCUGGUGGUACUGUACCUGUUCGGUACGGUUUGGGCAGACUUGCACAAGUUGCUCGCCGUUCUGCCACAGUUCGCCGAGCCGAAAGUGCCGAUUUUGAGGCCGUUGAGCUACGAUUUGCAGUUGCAGUUGCCGUUGUCCGAGGUAAGCCUGUACCUUGGUUUAGAUCCUAGAAUUUGUCAUUUUUCAGGUCUCCGACCCCGAUGUGCCCCUAUUUACGGGCCGGUGUGUAAUGCAGUUCGAGAUCAACCAACAAAUCGGCCCCGAGUCCGCGUUCAUCAGUGAUUCAACGAGUAAUCGGGCAAAGAUCAAGGUACCGCUCAUGUUCAAGUCUUACUAACUCACUCAAUGUUUUCUCUAUAGUUCGAUAUAAUAAUGUUGGAUCACUUUGAAAACGUUUCGCUGGUGUUUAACGGUCAAGAAUUGGAGAUUUUCAAUGUGCUGCUCACGGAUGAUUCGAUGGAAUUGUCGGUGGAUCAGCCCGUUCUAUUUCCCGGCAGAUACACGUUGACUAUUCAUCGUUACAAAGGACUCAUCGGCAGUGCCAUUUAUUAUAGGUGGGCAAGUGCGCUCCAUCGAACGUUCAUCCGAAUGUUUGUUUGCAGAGACGCCGGUGAGCACGCGGUGUUCGGCUCUCAAUUAUUCCCGAAUCGGGCGCCCGCAGUGUUUCCCACGUAUUUGGGAAGCACCGAAAAAGUGACAUUCUCGAUUUCGAUGGUCCAUCCGAUCGGAACCCUCGCGCUGACUUCUGGCGCCAGUGAAAGUGGUCCCAGGAAGGUGGAUUCCAAUUGGCAGGUAGGAUUAUUGAUAGAAAUUUGUCUAGAAACAAAUAACAACGUUAAGACGACAACGUUCUCGACGACGCCCGCGAUUACACCCUCCAUGCUUUGUUUUUUGUUGCUGCCACACGAGUACACACAUGUAAGUGAAAGCAAAAACGGUUUGACGCCACGUGGCAUCGAACUUUGGUCGCGAGAAUGGCGGGCAAAAAUUCGACCAUUGAGCCGCACUAACACUAUCGUAACGACGCGGCAAGGGCAAUGAUAAGCGCGCGCCAUCGCGGACCUUUAAAAAGUUUUUUCAGAUCGAAUCCUCCUACACUGGCAUCAACAUUUCCGUGCAUUUCAACAAAUUCCGCGUGCAAAAAGAGCAGGCCAAACAUUUGUUGCACACCGCCACUCAAGUUUUGGCGCUUCUCAAGUAGGUUUCAUCGCUUUGCCACGUGGCACGCACAAUUUCUCAAAUUUUCAGAGAAACAUUUUCGAGUCUGCUGCCGGUCCCCAAAAUCGAUAUGAUCACGAUGCACGAGACCGGCUCGACGGCGUGUUUCGGAGCGAUUGUGGUGUCUGAGAGUUGGUUUCUUUUUGUUUGCUUUUGCAAAUAGUUUCAAUGCCUCUAUUAUAGCCCAAUUCUUCUCUUCGGACUAUGCGAAUCAAGUUCAGCUCCUCGCCACGUGGCUCACGAAACAAUGGAUCGGCGGCUACGCGGCCAUUUCGGACGGCGCCGAAUUGUGUCUUCAGGAGGAUCUGGUCAAUUUCAUUGCCCAGAAAAUUAUAAAGCGCAUGACGAACGACGAGUUCACGAGACUCGGCCAGCUGGCAAAAGUUUGUGGCUUAACUUUUUUGUAAAAUUUUUUCCAAUUUCUCUUCAGGUUUACCUUUCCGAGACGAUUUUCGCGGCGGGCGAAACGUUGAAACUCGACGAGCACCCGAAUGAGCUGGAGAUCGCCGAAAAGUGUGCGCUGAAAGGAGUGGCGAUGCUCGAAUCGAUAGAGGCGCUGAUCGGCGAGAAAGCGAUGCUUGCGAAGAUCAAUGAAAUGGUGUACAACUCGAAGAGAGGAUCGUGGAACUCGGAGACGCUUUAUGGGCUUCUGAAUGCCACCGUCGACGGCGACAUUUAUGUUUCACAGGUGAGAGGGCUUUGAAUUGGGAAAUCGAAUGCAACUCACGGUCUCCAGAGCCGACAAUAUGGGCGUGGCCUCGGCGGCCAAAUGGCGUUUUCAUGAAUUGAGCAGGUUUUCUCUGAUUUUUGUGGUCAAAGGCGAUGAAAAAUGCUUGUUCGACAUGAAAACACACGAAUUCUCAGAAUUAAUGACGUUUUGGCGCAUUUUUCGCGGACUUUGCUUUUGCGCCUUCGCCGCCGAUAGCCGCCGAUCGCCGCCUCAAAACCGCACUUCUCAUUUUGCGCUUUCUUGACCGUUUUCCGACAGAAUUGGUUUUGAGAAUGAUAAAUCACGUAAAUACAAUCAUUUUGAGCGCUCGAACCGCGAAAAUUACCGAAAAGCAACUGAAAUUCACGCAGUUUUAGCCAAAAACCUUCAAACGGAUAAAUGUGAUUUGCGACUUGACCAAAUUUUGCGCUCUUGCGCUUAAAAAAUUCGUAAUAGCCUAUACAAUCGGUCUAUCGAGAGACAAAUGAGAAAUUAUCGGUUUUUCGUGGCUAAUCUGGCAAAAAACACAAAUUUUGCUGUUAAAAUUUGAAUUUCGCGCCAAUGUAUCGCUCUAUUGGGCGGGGCGCACUUGCGCGCCCAUUGUCAGCUCUGAAAACCGUGGCAACUUAAAACAUUUUGAAAAAAAUUCAGCUCCUCCACUAUUGGCGAGAGCACGGCGGAUUCCCGUACAUGACCGUCGAUCGUCUGGUGAAUUCGAUCAAAAUCACGCAAACGGCUCAAAUUUGA